GCGCGCGAGCUUGCGAAGCUGUUCAUCGAGGUCGCGGCCGCCCAGGAGCAGCGCGUGCACUUCGAGGCUCGGGCGGCUGCCCCUGCUGCCGGGGGGGCCAAGUCCCCCGACGUGACCUCCCUCAGGAUGAUCAACGCUCUGCGGAGGAAGCUCAACAAGCGCGCUGCGCCUUGGGCUCCGGUCGGCAGGACUCUCAAGCUGCAGGGCAUCAAGGUCCCUGAUGAUGACGGAUUCAAGGUGCUCGCCGAGCGCGCUGACAUGAUUGAGGCGCUGCGUGAUCACUGGGCGCCUAUCUUCCAUGUCAAGCCCCAGGUCGCCGACUGGCAGCGGCUCUCGCUGAAGUGCAUGGAGGACGUCGCCCUGGCGACGGCGAUGGGUAGGGCGCCCCCAGUUGAUUGGAAUGACUCCCUGCUGGCCUUCCCCCCCAAGGGCCCCAUGGAGGAGGACACUGUCGACGGCGCACUCCGCGCGCCCAGCGCCGCGCGUGCGAUUGCGCUGAAGAGCUCCGGCUGCAAGCUGGUGGCCGCCGCCUCCGACGCCAGCAUCGAGGCCGCGGUGGAGAGCGCUUCACCUGCGCCUCAGCGCGGCAUCCUCAGUGGCCGCAACUUCUUGGACAACAUGGCGCUGUUGGACGCGAUGGCCAGACCGGCGGGCACCCAGGGUAGCGCGCUCGCAAAGCCGCUGCUGGCGCUCUUCGACUCGGGCGGCCUCCUGCGCGCCUUGCUUUCCCUCUACUGGCUUCCCGCCGCCUUCGUGCUGUUGGCCAAGGAGAUGGUGCACUUUGCCUGCGUCACCUGCGGGAUCGCCCAAGCAUCUGGGGUGUGCGCUGAUGACGUGGGCUGUGCGUUCAAGUCCCGCAGGCUUCUCCUCGGUCUCUGGGCGGCGUUCGAGGCGGCGCGCGCGCUGGCGGGAGUGCAGCUAGAGUUCCACAGGUGCAUCCUGAUACCGCUGGACGCCGAAUUCUCGGACGCCGCCCUGUGCGGGCUGCGCGCCCGGCACCUGGGGCACCUGCCUGCAUGGUCGGGCAUGUCCAUCCCGGGCAAGGCUGGGCACCUCGGAUUCGUCAUUGGCCCUGGCGCGCGGGGGGCGGAUGUCUGGAGGAAGGCGGCGGCGAAGCGGUUCGCGCCGGCGAUGGGCCUCGCCCCCUGCGGGGCGCCCCCGCCCCUCGCAGCGCGCCUGUGCAACCGGCGCGUCCUUCCCGUGCUUGGCUACCUGCAGCAGUUGGUGGCCGCGCCCGCGUCUCUGCGUGCCAAGGAGGCGUGGGCUUUCGCGAAGAUUCAGGCGCUGGCCUGCCGCGACGUCCUGUCGGUGGUCUCCUGGCCUCCUUGCCUGCGGCUUCGCUCCAUGGCGGCGACUGGCGCGGCCUCGUCGAUGCGAGCUGCUCGCGCCACCGUCGCUGAUUGUAAGCAUCUGCGCGGAUGGUUGGCGAAGCAGGCCUCGGAGCAUGGCGCGCUCCAGGCCAUCGGCGAGCAGAACCUGUCGCCGACGAUUGGCGCUCCAAGCCGUUCGUGCCGGGGGUCGCCGAG